UUGGGUGGAGAGCAAGAGGAGAUUCAGACACCACCUGGAAGCUUCUUCACCAGUUCAGGACGAGUGAGUGGCGCAUAAGGAUCCACACUGAGAGAGAAGUCAACAACAACAACAACAACACAACAGGUCAGAGAGAUACAAGUUCCUCAGAGCUACUCCAGAGGUUCUACAUCACACAACAGGAACCCCAGCACCAGCUGAGAACAGGACCUCCAGGAGGAACCUCAAAGUAGGAACAUAGCCCCAGUGAUGGUGUGUGUGUGCAGGCUGAUCCUGCUAGCGGCCGUGGUUCUGCUGCUGGGAGUGGAGCUGUCUCGGGCUCAGCACUGGUCCCACGGGUGGUACCCGGGCGGGAAAAGAGAUGUGGACACCUUCAACUCAGCCCAGAUCUCGGAGGAGAUUAAGUUAUGUGAGGCUGGAGAGUGCAGCUACCUGAGACCACAGAGAAGAAACAUCCUCAAGAGCUUCCUGUUGGAUGCUUUGGCAAGAGAAUUCCAGAGGAGGAAGUGACAUCACUGAUGGCUUUGUUCCUGGAGAGGAUUGGCGUGAAGGCUGUGUGUGUCUGUCCUGUCGGCUCUCUGUUCGCGCUCAGGAGUUCUGCACAUUUGACCCAUUGUUGAAAUCUUGUUUGAUAAAGAAAAAAAAGUAAUGC